AUGACAUUCGACUUUGAAGAUUACCUGAAGAAGCUCUAUUCCGGUUCAUCGUUUGAGAUAACGGUGCUCAGCGGCGGCCUUGUCAAUAAUACGGUGAGAGCCAGUAAGACAUCAGGCGACGCUGAGCACGAGAGCCUCAUCUUGAAAUAUGCGCCGCCUUAUGUUGCCAGCGAGGGGCCUGAGAUGCCAUUCUCCCAGAAACGACAGGUCAUUGAAGCCCUGAUGCUCUCACUCUUGAAUGACGCAUCAAUCUCAGUGGGCAAUCUGGCAUCCCGCUCAUCAGCAACUGUCACUGUCCCUAAGCUUAUCCACCACGACCCUGAGCUUCACAUCCUCAUUCUGGAGGACCUUGGGCCCCUCAUCACCCUCUGGGAAACCUUUCUCUCGCAACCAUCCCCGCUCACCGUCAGCCUCAAUCUACAACCGCUCGGCCGCCGCGUAGGCCGCUUCUUCGCUCACCUUCACCGCCCUUCUUUACCUAGCUCAGUCCGCAGCGCGUGGGGUGACCGUGCAGUCGGGCUGGAGAAUAGUUUUACGGAUGAUCUGGUGUUCGAAGCCGCCGUCCAGCCCGUCCUCGAAAGACUGAAGCAGCAGGAUAUCCCCAACGCAGAGCAACUUUAUGAACGCAUCGUAGAAGACUACAGACGACCAAAGUACACGUAUACCCCACGCAUGGCGAUGGGAGACUUCCACACCGGCUCCAUCUUGACGAACGCUCUCGCCGACCCCUCUGCCGCUGAUGAGCAUCUCGCGGCGGUGAUAGACUGGGAAUUCGCCUCCAUCAACGGCCGAGGUGUCAACGGUGACAUGGCGCAGUUCCUUGCCUGGGUUCAUUGCUUUCUCCUCUCGCUCUCGCCGGGAGACGAGAGGGGACGUCUCGUCGCCGAGGGAUUCGUGCGGGGGCUGUGCGCCGCGUAUGCCGAGGAGAGUGGGUUGGACCUGGCCGCCGCCGAGGAGGAGACGAGGCAACUCCUUCGAUCUGCGCUUAUUCUGCACGGUAGACAGAUGAUUAACGAGGCGUUUGACUGGGAUUGGAAAGUCGGGGGGCCCAAGGUGGCGGAGAUGGUGCGGGUUGGGGCGUGGCAUGUUCAAGUUGCUGGCGAGGGUGUUGAGGAUAUGAUGGGUCGGCAUGAAGUUGCUGAGGCUUUGGGGAUGGGGAUGGACUUGCCUCGGAGCAUGGUUUUUGACUUGUUCACUGGUGGUGCGGGAAAAAAGGAUUGA